GGUGUGUUUUGGCUGCGCUGUUGGAGAUUUCCUUUAGUGUUGUUCUGGGUCUCCAGGCAACUAUAGCAAACAUCACAGAGAGAGAGAGAGAGAGAAAGAAAGAGAGUGUGAGAGAGAGAGAAAGAGAGGAUGAUGGAGACGUCAGAUGAGCGAGCGAGCCCUGAUUCUGUGCUGAAUAAGAACACAUGGGAGAAGUUGACCUGUGACACCCCGGGCACGAGCAGGAGCAACACCAGAAGUGGUGUCCGCUUCGGGACCCUGAGCCAUCAUUCCUUCUUCUCCAGACACAACCCUCAUCCACAUCGAGUCAGACACAUGCAGGGUCUUAAUGGUAAGCCGGUCUGUAUGGUGAAUGACGACUGGUAUGGCUUCACCCCCCUCUGUCCACAUCCACUCAUUAAGAGUCAAGUACCUGCGAUCCGCUCCCCCGACAUGAGUUCAGACUCCUCUGCACCACGAGCAGUGUUUCUCUCUGAGAGCUGGCGUGAGGAACUGAAAGAUUUGGCCGCUAAAGUUCGUCUCACCGCUGCGAACGACAAUGAAAAGAGCGAGAAGCUGAUGGACGAGGAGGCUCCUCGCAGGAAGACGCAGUAUUCUGCUCAGUCCGGACGCAUCAUCCCGUCCACAUCCUGGGGAAAGAAGCGCAGCAGGACUUCACACAGACGUCUGGGAACACAGAGACGACAGACACAACCCCUGGAAGGAAUGGAGCUCAGAGUGCUGGAGCUGUUGUGUCAGAUUUUGCAGACUGAUUCUCUCUCUAUGGUUCAGCAGUGGCUUUUGUUGGCAGAUGAAAGAGAGAAAGAGAUGGUUCAGGGUUUACUCCAGCAGGCCAUGACAAACUGCAGCGCUCAGAUCCAACAGACAUCUGAACUCCUGCCUGAAUCACAUCACCUGUUCCUCACCUCACCUGUCAGUCAGCGUCAAAGACAAACCAGUUUUAAUCCAGCCGAGGCGUCACAGAACAAACCCGAGCACAUCGGCGAGGCAGAAGUUCUGACGCUCCACCCACAGGACACAUAACCCGGCUGAUGUCAUUAAAUGUGAAAAUGUAUUCACCUAAACGUCCAUUUAAACGCGUGUGAGUUUCUUUCUUCUUCAGAACACAAAAGAAGAUAUUUUGAAGAACGUUAAUAAUCAAACAACACUAGCCUAAGUGACUUCCAUUGUAUGAAGACAAAACAAUUGAGACAUUUCUCAAAAUAUCUUCUGUUGUGUUCCACUGCAGAAAGACUUACAUUAAGAUUUACAACCACAUGAAAGAGGAUACGUUAUGACAGAAUUUACUUUUAGAUGAACUGUCCCUUUAAAUCACAUCGAGAUUGAUGGUGUUUUACUCAAGCGGUCUUGUGGCAUUUCUUUACCAUGAUCAUACAAUUAAAUGUAGUUGAAUGUUCAGUUUUCA